UGUUUACAGACUUAGUACGUCUGACGUAUUAAUUUCACUAAAGUAUUCACAAAAUAAGAUAAAAUUUUAUCUUAUAUGUGCCUAUUUCUUUAACUGAAUGCUGUGAAAUUAUGAUAUUUAAUUUAAAAAUGUAUGUAUGAUACAGGUUGCAUAGUUAAUUUACCCCGAUAUUAUCUGAAGAUGUCAGUUGAAGACAAUGAAUCUGUAGAUGUAAUAUUUUCAAAUAUUCGAUCAGAUUUGAUGAAUUUAGAAGAAUUGAACCGUAUGGAAAGGCCAAGUAGAAUAUUUAGCAGUCGUCAUCAUUCUUAUCCUGUGGGAUCUCCAAUUGGCGAUCACACAAGUACUGAACCCAAUGAGCUGUUUCGUUAUAGAUCAAGGGAACCCAUUAGAAGUCUAGGAAGUCCAAUACGGCAAACUCAACUUGAAGGAAGUACUGAUUUCCGAUAUUUUAGUGAAUAUGAAAGACGUUUAAGAUACCCUUGGAGAUAUACAGAGCGUUCUUAUAAUUCAUCUCCAACAGCUACAAAUAUGGCAAAUGGGGAAUCUGGAAGAAAUCGAUCCCCAUAUGUGAGGUUCACAAUUACUGAUCCUGAAACGCAACGUGUUACAGCAGCUGGGCAAAUUCCUUUAAAUAGUUCUCCUAACCCACAAACUUCUAGAACUGAAAUACCAGAUAUUCAGUCUUCUCAUGUAGAAGUAGAAAAUAUGCUGCCCUAUACAAAUAAUUUAACCAACGAUUCAGUUAAUAAUUCAAAUAGUCCUUUACAAUUUACUACUCCUCGAUGUCCUAGUUCUGGUAGAAGAUUUAGAAGAUAUAUACCUCAUCCAUAUUCAAUAAGAAACUAUCUAGACAGUCCAAUUAGACCACUAAAUAGACGUGUUCGUUUCUCAUCAACAAACCAAAAUUUCAGUGAUAUUGAGCGAUCACCAACUCCUGAACAAGAAUUACCUACUGUGCAAAAUGAUGAAAUAGAACGUGAUAAUUCAUUUGAAGAAGUUUAUCAUGGUCAUGACAGCAUUUCUAGUUUGUCGUCUGACAUGGAGACAAGUACUGAAAGGAGAUUAUCCGAUUUUGUAGUUUCAGAAAACAAUGAAUCAAAUGGAGAUGUAGAAAAUAGAUCCAAUCUGGAUGAAGAAUCAAACUUAUCUAGACGAAUAACAAGAGUGUUGGAUUAUUCAACUCCCACGGUUUCAUUUGGUUUACCUAGAGAAUCAAGCACACCUCCUAGUUCUUCGAGGAUUAACAAUAGCAUUCCUAGAUCUCUAUCUUAUAUUGAUAAUGAUGAAGAUGAUGAUCGUAAUUCACUAACAAUAGAACUUGAUAAUACAUCUAGAAUAUCUCCUGUUCGCAAUACAUCUAGAUUGUCUCCUGUUCAUUCUAACAAUGAUGGUCCACCCCAAACAUUAAGACAAAGUUAUGAUGCUACUGAUUUAAAUGAAGUAAAUAGUCCAAGUGGUACAAAUCUUUUAAAUUCCAAUUCAACUCGUUCUUCUAGGAGUCCUGAAAAUGGAAGUGAUGAAUGUAGAGCGACUGAAGAAUUAGUACCUUCAGUUCAAGUUGAAGAACAUCCUCAAACAUAUCAAGAAUUAAAUGAACAGUUAGUUCGCUUAUUUGAAUGUCCAGUAUGUUUUGAACACAUAAUACCACCUGUUUAUCAAUGUUGUAUGGGGCAUAUAAUUUGUCGUUCUUGUAAACAUAUGUGUGAUAUUUGUCCAACAUGCCGCAAUCCUUUUAAUACAAAACGUAACUUAUGUAUGGAAAAAGUUGGAUACUUGUUAAAAUUUCCUUGUAAAAAUUCACUCACUGGUUGUAAGGAGCAAUUAUUUAUUGGACAAAAAGAUCAACAUGAACUAGAAUGUGGCUAUCGCCAUUAUCCUUGUAUUUUUAAUAACUGCUCUUGGAAAGGAUAUUAUCCUGAAUUCCAUGUCCAUAUGACACAACAUCAUAACUCUCAUAUACUCACUGGCGAGGAACAGGUUCUUGAUAUAAUAAUAAACAAUAACCAAACAACAAAAUGGUUUUUAUCUGCACAUCAAGAACAUUUUGUAGUUGUUGUCAAUAUUUCUGGACCCCCUAAACGAAUUAAAGCUCAAGUAAACUAUAUAGGACAAUUGUCUAAAGCAAAAAAAUUCAAUUUUUCUAUCGUUUUAAGUAAAAAGCAAGAAGAUGAAACUGUAUCCCAAAAAUUAACAUACACUAGCCCAACAUUUCCCUACUCUGAAAUAAAAGAAAUAUUGAAUAAUAGUCAUCAAAAUAAGGAUAUAUUUUGUUUACCAAGUGAAGUAAUUGAACCUUAUAUCAAUAAAAGAAAUCAUCGCCUUCCUAUUACUCUAAAAAUUGAUCCUGUAAAUACUCUAUAAUUUUGUUUUUUCAUUUUUAUGAUGUAUAACUAAUUUAAAUCAAUAAAUUUUAUUAGGCAAUCUUUAUAAAUAUAUCUUUAUAAUCUAUUAUCUUAAUAAUAUAUGUAUUUAAACUUUUA